UUUCUUUAGGCUUUCCGAAGCGGUUACUUCUGUGGGGGGGUCUUCGCUGUGCCGCCCGGCAGUCACCAUGGUGAAGCUGAGCAAAGAGGCCAAGCAGAGGUUGCAGCAGCUCUUCAAGGGCGGCCAGUUUGCCAUCCGCUGGGGCUUUAUUCCUCUCGUGAUUUAUCUGGGAUUUAAGAGGGGUGCAGAUCCUGGAAUGCCUGAGCCAACUGUUUUGAGCUUGCUUUGGGGAUAAAAGGCUAUUUGGUCAUCUGGCUUUGGAAGCAAUCAGUGGACAGGAACAGCAUGGAAGAAUUUGUGGUCUGGCCGCAAUGAGAGAUGGAACAUCCUUCAGAUGGUCACCGUUCGGACGGCACAGAUGCAUCUAUGGCAGCGUGGAACCUCUAUGGACUUAUUUAUAACAGAAUGUAUUAAAAUGAAUAUUUUUAACAA